CAACGAAAGAAAAGUUAUGGGAACUCAUUAUAUUACAUCUCUUGCGACUGCUCCAUCACCUAAUAAUCCAGUGGCUUCAGAAGAACGAUGCUUAUUAGAUGGAAGGUGUAAAAUCAAGAAACAAUACACCACCAUUGGUAUUCAACAAUACCAAUGGAAUCUUCAUGCAAAAUAUAUUCACAGACGUUUUGUUUUCUUUCGACCACACAAUGUGAAUUAUAUUCGAAAUGCAAGUUUUGUGUCGAACACAUUUGUAUCAAAGAGUUCUCCGGACUCGAUGGGUCAUGAAGAAUCUGCAAAACAUGCCAUGGAUAUUUUGUUCAGGUUUUCAAGACCUUAUGCUGCAAUGGCGACAGUUUUAAGCGUGCUUUCAACGUCUCUUGUAGCUGUUGAAAGGCUUUCGGAUAUCUCGCCAUUGUUCUAUACAAAAGUACUACAGAUUAAUAAGCCAUAUCUUCCAUUGGCUGCUGGAGAAUUAACCAUGAAUUCGGCCAUCAUUGUGACUUUAAUAUCGGCUAUUAUGAGUUUUUCAAUCACGUGGAUUUCUCGUUCUUGGCCACUAUUUUGUGGUCUCUUUGUUUGGUUUUUGAUAGGAACCGCAUAUUCGGCAAAUGUGUUGCCACUUUUACGAUGGAAGAGGUUUCCUUAUACCGCUGUUUUAUACAUGAUAAACUCACGGGCGCUAUGCAUUCCACUUGGAUAUUACAUGCAUGUGAAGAACGCCAUUAAGGGACGAGUUGUAGUCCUCUCAAUGCGUCACCUUUUUUCCAUUGCCAUGCUCUUCGUCUUCUCCAUUGUUUUGAUACUGUUUAAGGACAUUCCUGACAUUAAAGGAGAUGAGAUGCAUGGAAUCAAGUCGUUGGCUUCUCAGAUCGGUCCUGAACGGAUGUUUUGGAGUUGCGUUUGGUUUCUUGGAAUCGCUUAUGGUGUUGCUAUUUUGAUUGGAGCAACCUCAUCAUCUAGCUGGAUCAGCAAAUAUGUGACGAUUUUGGGUCAUUUGGUGUUGGGUUUGAUACUUUGGAUACGAGCAAAAUCAGUGGAUCUGAAGAGCGUAUCGUCUAUAUCAUCCAUGUACUUAUUUCUUUGGAAGCUUUUUUAUGCUGAAUACUUUCUUCUGCCACUCGUAAGAUGA